UGGUCCUUGUUUUGAUGACGUAGCCACGGCCAGUCAAUGGAGUCAAACGGUCAGAGGAAACGAGGCCAUAGCAGAUUUAAAGUGUAUUUUCUCUUUAAAUAACCACCGGGAGGAGAUAAAUGCUAUUUUGAUAAUCAUGGCCGUCAGGGCGUAGUUUUACUCCAAAUACGUGGCACGUCUGCAGCCGACAGGCCGUGUCAACAAAGCGGCCUAUGUGGGGCUAGUUAGCUAAUUUGUUAGCUAGUGAUUUUUUUUUUAAAUCUCCUUCAGCAGAUUAUCAGGUGUGGGACUUUUUUAUUUAUUUAUUUCAUUUUCGUUUCGCCCCUCAUUAUUCGCUUUCAAUAAGACAGUAUCGCUCCACAACAAUGGCGGAUCCAGGUCCGGUGGUGGCACAGCAGAAUUUGGACAGGAGCUGCUGGGUGUGCUUCGCCACAGAUGAGGAUGACCGCAUGGCGGAGUGGGUGAGGCCGUGCCGGUGCCGGGGCUCAACGAAGUGGGUCCACCAGGCCUGCCUGCAGCGCUGGGUGGACGAGAAACAGCGAGGCAACAGCACGGCGAGGGUCGCCUGUCCGCAGUGCAACGCAGAAUAUCUCAUCGUCUUCCCAAAACUGGGUCCGAUCGUUUAUGUUCUGGAUCUGGCUGACCGGCUCAUCUCCAAAGCCGGCCCCUUCGCUGCAGCCGGUAUCAUGGUGGGCUCCAUCUACUGGACCGCCGUCACAUACGGGGCUGUCACCGUCAUGCAGGUGGUGGGCCACAAGGAGGGCCUGGACGUGAUGGAGCGGGCCGACCCGCUCUUCCUGCUCAUCGGCCUGCCCACCAUCCCCGUCAUGCUGAUCCUGGGGAAGAUGAUCCGCUGGGAGGACUACGUCCUGCGGCUGUGGAGGAAAUACUCCAACAAGCUGCAGAUCUUCAACAGCAUCUUCCCAGGUAUCGGCUGCCCGGUGCCGCGGAUCCCGGCCGAGGCCAGCCCUCUGGCCGACCACGUCUCUGCCACGCGGAUCCUGUGCGGCGCUCUGGUUUUCCCCACCAUCGCCACCAUCGUGGGGAAACUCAUGUUCAGCAGCGUCAACUCCAACCUGCAGAGAACCAUCCUGGGCGGCAUCGCCUUCGUGGCCAUCAAAGGGGCGUUCAAGGUCUACUUCAAGCAGCAGCAAUACCUGCGCCAAGCCCACCGCAAGAUCCUCAACUUCCCCGAGCCGGAAGAGGCCUGAGGCGGCGCUCUGCUGUCGGUGAGGAUGAACCCCCCCCCAACACUCAGCUUCACCCUUACUGCAACAAGCCCCGCCCCCUCCCAGCGGUUGCUACGGAGACCGACUGCGUUGCCGCUUCCCGCCCCGGGAGCGACGGUACGGGAAGCGAACUGGAGCCUGCUUGCAGUCAGUGUGUGGCUAUGCUAACUCCACACGGCUAACACACCCACUGCUAUCCGAAAUAAAGACGCAGGGCAUGCGUGAAGAACUUUUUUUUUUUUUUAAUUAAACGAUUGUUUUGGUUUAACAUCCCUUUGGCCCUCGCCAGGGUCCAAUCAGAUGAUCAAUUAAUCAAUAAUUUAUCACGUUUGGAAGCACAAAGCAGAAGCUACCAGAGGCGUAACAUAGAAAUCUAUAUUCUAGCUUGAGAUGUUCCAGUGUUUAUUUAUUCAGCCUGCAGCUUUGAUUACUUCUGAACUCUGUAAAAGUGUUGGCACCCGUCAUGGCGCUCCGGUCCGGUCCGGCCGGGCCAGAGGGGAUGAACCCAGUGGGACAUGGAGCGGUUCUGUUCUGGUUCAGGUCGGGAUGGGUUGGCAGAAGUCUUCACAAACUCUUAGCUUUUCCCACAAACUUCAAUACGUUUUAUUUGACAAACCGAUGAAAGCUGAAAAUGAUGCAUGCAUUAAAAAAAAAAAAUCUGGUUUAGUUCUGGACUUUGACUAGGCCGUGCUUUAAUAUAAACUUUGCCAAAUUGUGUGCCACAAAUUUCAGUUUUUCUAGUUUUAUCUACAUAAGUGUUUUUAAUGAAAUCUCUAAAACAUUAAAGAUCCAAAACAUAAAAAAGAACCUUCAGAUUGCCAUUAGUUAAAAAAAAAUAACAGUCAAAAUGUUUUGGGUCAAAUGUUUUAUAUUUUAUUGGCCAAAGUUUUACUAUUCUUGAAUUGUGGCCAAUUAAAAAUCAUUUCAAGGGGCACAAAUGGCCCACGCCCCACACUUUGGACACCCCUGAUCUAAAUCUACUGUAGCUCUGGCUUCAUCCAUUUUCCCUAUUCAACUCUACCAUUCCCACAGUAUUAUUCUGCCACCACUGUGUUUCAAUGUGAGAAUUAUGGAGUUUAGAAUAAGAGUAAAAGAUUACAAAAGUUUCAUUUUGGGUCUCGUUUUUUAUUCACUUCCCUAAAAACUUCACAUCAUUUUCCUUCCACAAUCUGUCGCAAUAAAAUACAUUAAAGUUUGUGGUUGAAAUGUGAUAAAUUUCAAGUGUUAUAAAUGCAAAUUAACUGAGGGUGAAAGCUGGACUGUUUAAUCCCUGUAGUAGUAAAAAUAACCAUUAAGCAAGCUUUUUUUAUUUAAAUAAAAAGACAAAUUAUCUUAAACCUGUUUUUAAUGCGUCUUCAGGAAAAACUAAAAAUUUUUUGCUAAAGUUUCAUGUGCAUCUGAAAUGAAAAUUGUUAAAUUUUCAGUAAUUACUUCUAAACCUACAUUCUAAAGUUUGGAAAAAUUGGAUUUUAAUAAAGAAAACUGACUUAUCCAGCAUACAAACAAUAAAAAAAGAGAAAGUAAUUGCUAAAGCAGUUGGCUGUUUCUAUUCUGAUACCCAAACAUUAGUGGAAAGUUAAGUGGAAGGAAAAAGUCAGAUGCUACACCCAAAAGUCACCAGCUUUUAUCACAACCUGGCAAACGUUUACUCCACAAAAACUUGAAAUAUUUCACGUCCAUUAGUUUCUGGUUUUGAAAUAAUUAUGUCUGGAAAAAGCUCAAACUCUGCCUGCGAACUACAGCUUCUCUACAUUUAUCAUGAAGUCUCUGCCAAAAACAAAAACAUGUUGUGAACUUUAACCUGUGGAACUGUACCUAUCAUAUCUGUGAAUAAAUGUAUUUUUGCAAAUGAG